CUAUUAACGUUUUCCUUAACAGAUGUGCACAAAGAACAAACAUGUCAAUACAAUGGCUUCAAUCUAAUUUUACAUACACAAAAAAAAGGAUGACAUUCUCAACAUUUUACAUACUCUAUAAAUAAUGAAGAAGAUUUACAGGUUGAGUGAACACCCGACCUUUCUUAUUUCUUGCAUGGAAAGAAAGAAAAUGAAAGUAACCUCUGUUUUACAGCUAAGUCUUUCUCUAAUUUUGUGCUACCUUAGCACCCAAAAAUGUUAUGCAGGAGAAGCAGAUAUUGUAAGGGAAUUUCUCAAGGCUCGACGUGCAAAUCACUUGCAAAGUACACCAAGUAUUAACAGUGGCCUAGCGGCUGCUGAGAAAUGGAGAUCAGCAUUUGUGUCACAGGUAGGAUCAAAGGAAGAUGACAAGAUCUCAGCAUUGCCAGGGCAACCUAGUGGUGUGAGUUUUGAUCAAUAUUCAGGAUAUGUUACUGUUGAUGCUGAUGCUGGUAGAGCAUUGUUCUAUUACUUCACUGAAUCAACUCAAGAUCCUUCUACCAAGCCUCUUGUUUUGUGGUUAAAUGGAGGUAAAUACACACACCAUACUACUCCAAUUGCCAAGUCGAAGAAAGUUUUUCCAACUCUAGUUUCAUGCAAAAAUAUGAAGAGUUUAAUAAAAUCAUUUUUCGUCUCUUUAUUGUGUUAUUCAUUCUGCUGCUGCUUUUAAAACUAUGUUGGCGCACUUGUCAAGUUACUUUGUUGUUCUGUACGUACUCAAUAUACAGGACCUGGUUGCUCUUCAUUCGGGGCUGGAGCCAUGAUGGAACUUGGACCAUUCCGCGUCAAUAAAGAUGGAAAAACCUUAUUGCUCAACCCUUUUGCCUGGAACAAUGGUACUCAUACCUCUCUCUUCUGCAAAA